AUGAGCCCCCCUUCUUCCAAAGUGAAGAAUGGCGGCAAUACCUCUGGCCCUAGACAGAUUCGCUUCGUCGCCACCGAUGGCCAGCCACAAACCAAAAGGCGCCGAGUCAACGCCGCUUGUUUAACCUGCCGCCGUCGCAAGAUUAGAUGUUCGGGGGAACAACCAGUGUGCAAGACAUGCUCCGACUACAAACAUGUUUGCCUGGGGUACGGCGAAUCCACUGCCCACCAGCGGUCCCAGUCCGAUUCGGUCUCACGAAUACCGCCAGCCCUUCCUGUCGGGUCCAACGAUACAAAGCAGCACAAGGAACGGAUAUCGGGGAGCUAUUCACCCGAACCCGCCUCAGCAGUGGCACCGACACCAAGACCUCUUUCCCAACAAAUACCAAAUAAGUCCCCUAUAUCAAAGCAAUCGGAGUCCAAGGAUGCUUCAUUAUCUCGAGACACUUCCGCGCGUACAAACAAGGAGUCUGACUCGCAUGCCGCCGGUGAUACACCAGGAAGCAGCAGGACUUCUCUUAGCUCUGGAAACCGAACCCAUGUCCCGUAUUUUCGAUACUUUGGGCCCACCGCCAUUGUACCUGGCUUCAAACAAAUGGUUGUCCAAGUCCGAGGAUCACGUAGGAGCAAUCCAUCAAUGUCAUCAGAGUCGUUAUCCCCACUGCGUAGCCCCAGGCCUUCAGAUACCCCUGGUGGCCCGUCGGCAGUAGAGAGCCGUGAUAGUCGAGACGCCAAUAAGAUCCCGUUUUACGACCGAGAUGACACGCCCCCGGUAUCAAAUCUAGUCUCUCACCUGUGCGAUCUCUUCUUUAUGCAUCUGGGAUGCAAUUUUCCAUUCCUCCAGCGAGAACGAUUUCUUCAGGACCUCAAGGAGAAAAAGGUUGAUACUAUGCUAGUGGAUGCUGUUUGCGCAUUGGCUGCUAGAUUUUCACCCCACCCAUUACUUGGACCUCCUCAGGCCCCUCCCAUCGACCGUUCGCAGCCUCCGGCUGAUAUCAGAAUGUGGGACCGUGGUCUACCUUUUGCACAUCGAGCAAUGAGCGCCCUGGUUGAUUCGCUAUCAUGCCCAACACUCUCCGUUGUCCAAGCUUGCCUAUUACUGGCAUAUGAGGAAUUUGGAUCUAAUCACGAUAGUGGUCUCUGGAUGUACUUGGGAAUUUCAAUCAGGAUGGCCCAGGAUCUUGGAUUACAAAAGCACCAGGGGUUGAAGUAUAGUUAUGGAAGGAAAGGCGUGACCCCGAGUGAGGUAAUGACUGGGCAGGCUGGAAAGCUGCGCGAAGAUCAGUACGAUGAUCUCGAUGUAUACCAGAGCCCCAAAACCCAGCAACCUGCCUUUGGAGCCGAACGGGCCCGAGAAAAGGAACGAGUUGACACUUUUUGGAGUAUAUUCUUUCUUGAUCGCGUCAUUUCUUCGGGAACAGGCCGGCCGGUUACCCUACGGGAUGAGGAUAUUGAGCUCUGUUUCCCUCUGCAGUCUGAAUCUCAGUUACCGAAUGGUUGGCCCGCACCAUUUCCGCCACUCAUUCGAGUCAUUCAUCUCUACGGGAGAGUAACGGAUCUUAUUAACGGUAUACAAGAUGUCAACCAUGUGACCCCUGAUACACUCAAAAGGUUGGCCGGUAUGGAAAGUGACUUGACAGGCAUCUAUCAGCGAUUGUCCCCAAAAUUGCAUUUUAACGCAGCGAAUUUUCAAGCAUAUGUCAAAGCGAAAGAAGGGACUAAUUUCAUUCUGCUUCAUUUUUGGUUUCACACCUUGAUUGUGCUACUUCACCAGCCUACGCUUUUGAACUCAUUUGGCGGCUCAAUACAGCAUCUUUAUCCCAACAGCCGUGAACUUUCAAUGUCCUCGGCAAAAACCAUCGCUGAUAUUCUAUCAUUUUCAGAACUAGUAGAUGGGAAGAGUUUCAUCGGUAAUCCUUUCACCAGUCAGCCGAUGUACAUUGCGGCCUGUGCAUUUUUAAUGGAAAGCGCAUAUUACACAUCACCUUCAUCCAGGGGAACAUCGCCUCUGCCGGAGCCGCUUUUGAGCAAUCAAUCCAGUGGGUUUGUGAUGCCAACAAUGGAGCCGCCUCAUGGUUCAGAACGAAAUUCGACUGCCAAGCACAUUUUGCUUGCCUCCGCUGCCAAGGAGAAUUAUCAGCGGUGCUACAAGGCGUUAAAGGCAUUGAACUCGUACUGGGAAGGCACUGGAUACAUAUUGACGGUGCUAGAUCAGAAGGCUAAGGGUAUCGUGAACCCUCUUUUGUACACCACAGAAGAGGCAGAGAACAUUGUGGGAGAAACGCCGUUUGGAGCUGCCAGCUGGCGCCCAGGUCAGCCGUCGGAUGUUGCUCAAAAGUCCCAGAGGCCCCCAGGCGUCGCAGACAUCCCGACCGACGGGAGGUGGUCACCGAAAUUUGACCCCGGUCAGGCCAUUGGAUGGGCGCUCACUGGGGCCACCAACUCCUCACAGCCGAACCUGAGUUUACUGUAUCAGAUGCCCAAUACAGAAUCCGAGGCCCGCACCGCAAAACCCACAUAUUCAUCUCAAUAUAGUCACAGCUUCCCGCCAUUACCAGUUGUUACAAAUGCUGGAGCAAGCUCGAGUUCCUCUUUUGCGCACCCCCUCACCCCAUCCAUUUCCCAUGCUGAAAGCCAGGCGUCUUCCCUUUCCACUGCGAACAACAAAUACUCUCAAGUCCCUUCACAUACGCUCGGCACCGAAUCUCCUUAUUAUAUGAGCAUCAAUUCUCCUUAUACUGAGUCAGGACCUGGUGCAACCGCGUCAAUCCAGUCGAAUUUCAACCCAGGCCUUUCUUCCAGCCAAUUGGAUGGCCAGACCUCCGCAUACGGUUACCCUGUUUCUUCUAGAGCCACAGAUCCACACGGAAGUCAUGGACAACUGGGCUCUAGGAAUGACCUGCAUCCCUCAAUGCACAACAACAACAACAACACAGGCAUGAUGAUUGGGAGCCACGACGUCGACAUGAACACACUGCACCAUCAAGAUUCAUUUCCCUUCGCCAACGGUGAAAUCGUACCAUGGCUGGAAUAUUUACCGCAGGAUGUGCUCAGUCUCUUUGGUGAAAACCAUAAUUAUCCCCUAAUGAGUCCCGACGACAAUACUCGGCCUCCGCCGUAA